GAUUAGAGCAAAACAGAUUCGCUACAUGGCAGGACGAGGAGUCCAGCAGAAGAGCACAGGCGCCGCCGGGCUUCUGGUGCCGUCGUCUGAUCUGGUGCAGCCUUUGCCUGCCGUAGCGCACGACAUGGCAGGACAAUCUUCACAUGAACACGAUGUAAUCGUUGGGGAUCGUGGAGCCGAUGGCAAGCAGAGAACGCAGAUCUCCGAGUUUAUGACCAUGGAAGAAGAUGUUGCCGGCGCUAUCGAUGCCAACGCUAAUGGUGAUGACAACACACUCUGUCGCAUAGUACCUGAAGAGAUGGCAGAUAAAGCACCAAAUCAGGCCAAUGAUAAAGUUGCACAAACUUUGAUCUUGCCUCAAGUUGGAAUGGCUUUUGAUUCAAAGCAGAAAGCGUAUGAUAUGUACAACACCUAUGCCGGGAAGAUUGGGUUCAGUAUUAGAAAGAGCCAAGCAAAGCACCGAGUCGAUGGAACUAUAUACUAGAAAUAUAUAGUUUGUAGUAACCAAGGACAACGAUAGACUAAGUCAUCACUAGACACUACUAGGACGAGUUGUGAUGCUUGUGUUCAGUUUAGUACGAGUCCAUUGGUAUG